CCUUUUUGCCCCCUAUAAACCCCCUACACUCCUCUUCUUCCACUCCCAUUUCUUCCCAAAGAGGAGGUUCAAAAAGGCUAUUUUCUUCUUCCUCUUCAUUGUUGUCAUUGUCACAAUGGAGGCCAGGAUGAGGAGAACAACAGUUGAGAAGAUGAGGAAGGAUAGCACAGUUGAUGAGGUAGAAGAGGAGUUAGAAGAGGAAGAUGAGAGUGGUGUUGGUGAUGGUGUCCUUGCAGAAGAAGAGAAGAAGAAAAGUGCUGUUGGAAGUGGGAGAAGAGGAUCAAAUGGGGCAGGAGGAGUUUCUCCACCCUCCUGCCAGGCUGAGAGGUGUGGCGCCGACUUGACCGAGGCAAAAAGGUACCACCGCCGCCAUAAGGUGUGUGAGUUUCAUUCCAAGGCACCUGUGGUGGUGGUUGCAGGGAUGAGGCAGAGGUUUUGCCAGCAAUGUAGCAGGUUCCAUGACCUGGCAGAAUUUGAUGAAGCCAAAAGAAGCUGCCGCAGGCGCUUGGCCGGACACAAUGAGAGACGCCGGAAGAGCAACAUAGAGCCUUGCAACGAGGGAAGCGGCCGAGGCGGCAAAGGGCAACCCCCUAAGGAAAGCCACUGCAGAAACGCCGACGAUCGGGGAAGAACUCAGAUGAACAUUUCAGGGAGCUCUGGCUACAAGUCCUUCCAUAUCAGAUGAAGUGAAUCUGUGUUCAGCAGGCUCCCUCUCUUCUGUCACCCUAUGGUUCCUUGCAUUCCAAGGCAUAUAAUAAGAAAAAGAAAAACCCCCUUUUUUCUAUGUUAGAAUAAUAAGAAUGUAAUCAAGAGAAAACUAUCAAUAUCUAAAGGGGUGUGUCAUUUGAGAUGUAAACUAGUUUGUUUUCAUGCAGCUUUAUGUUUUGUUUUACCUCCUCAGUUACUUUAUUGUGUUUAUGUGUGCCUUAGUAUAUAAUAAUUAUCCUGUUAUAGAAGUCUUUGAAUGGUGUACUUUCACUCCACAUGAUUAGAAUAAAAUCUCUGUUGCUUCUUA